UUGUUGUUGUUUUUUGACAUUAACAUUUUUCAAUGUCUAAGCAAGACAUUAUAGAAAAAGGCUUGCAUCUAGAUGUGUCUGAUUAUUUCCUCAUGUUUGGAUUCAGACAACAUAUUUGGCAAGAAAACUACAGAGGCAAUAUUAUACUUCCCAGUAUAUCAUCAGAAAGUACUUGAUCCAUAAUUGGUUAGUGGCUAAUCUUUUUUUUUUUUUUCCUGCCACUUGGCAAAUAGAAAAAUCAUGCUUAUCAUCCAGAAGGUUUGGGGAAAAACAGAAGAUUGUCUUUAGUGCUCUUAGGUUCUUGAAAAUGUGCCAUGCACAUCCUACUAACAAAGAAUUUGAAGUCCUUAGAUUUCCAUGGACCAUGGAUGUUACAUAACCAUCUUACAAAGAUGAAAACAUCCCUCACUUUCUGGAAUGUCAAAGGUUUCCAGAAUGGUAAUAAUAUGAACUCCUAUUUCUCAAAGCUGGGUUGUUCAUUUAUUUAAGUAACUUUUGCUUGCUAGUCCAAGGGAGAUAGUAAAUUAUUUCUUACUGUUUCUCAUAGCUUCUCCCUUUCCCACUCUUGCUAGCAAUUUAAUCAAGGAAUUAUGGCUUUGGCAAAAGAAUAGAUUUUAUUAAGCAUGUUUUCUUUCUCAGAUGCUAAAGAUGUAUUUCCUUCUUUGUUGGAUUGGUAAGCUGUUUUCAAAAGAAUUUUGAAAAUGAUAGAAACCUUGUAGUAAAUUUUAGGAAAAUGUUCUGCACAUUUCUUAGUUUUCUAUAAAACAAUUUGCUUAAGGGUCACAACCUCUCAGCUAACAAUAAAACGAGUAAAUUUCAUGUUUCUUUUACAAAUAGAAAUUGAAUAUACCCAGUAUUAACAUUCUCUGACUCUGAAGAGCUUGGUCUUGGAGCUCAGUAAUGAUUCCAUGACAAUAUGAGUACUUUGGGCCUUUGGUCAGUUGACUGGUCAGCUGGGAUGAAGAACAGCCUGGUGACCUUAUAGAACACCAUGUAUAUUUCUACUUCUCAGAUAUUGGUGUCAGUCAGACAAAUGUGCAUAGGGCAGUAAGUAUGAGAAAAAAGUAACAUGAUAAUUUCAUUUCCCAUUAGCAUGUUCCUUACAAAGCUGCUGUUUUGGUGAAUAGUUGGUCAGAAACAAGGUGAAUUGAGUUUAUGAAUUAGGGAGUUUAGAACCUAUCCAUUCUUAUAGAAGUUAUCUGAUUUUCUAAAGAUCUCUCCACAGGUUGUAGGAAAAACCUCGCAGGCUCAGGAUCAGUCCUGUUCAGCAUCAAAGAGUAAUGCUACCAUGUUGAACAGAGCUACCUGUGCAUGUGGGAAGACAGUAGAGGAAAAUAAAAUGAACCAUGGAUUACUGAACUUGAUGCAGCUAUCUUGUAACUAGCUAGUGACCUCAGGCAAGUUACUUCUUUGUACCACUGUAGAAAAGCUUAUUGGCAAUUAGGAAUCAAGCAGUAAACCAAAUGCUUUGUAGACUGCUUUUGAACCCUGAGAACACCCCUCUGCAGUAGAAAUUGUUACCUUGUUUUUCAAAUGAAGAUCUUUAUGAAAAGGUUCAAUGCCCUGUCCCAGGCCCCAGAGCUAGUAAGUAGUGAUGCCAGCAUUUUUUUCUUUUCAUCUAUGAACUGAGGUACCAUCGAUCUCUUAAGUUUGCUGUGCUAAGAUGAAGAAGGGAGCAGAAAAACAAAAAUUGGGUGAGAAGAGAUGAUUCUUCUAGUAGAUGAGAAGGGGGAAAUGGAAUUUUUUAGGGAACAGGAAGUACAAAGAGUGAAAGAAAUGGGAAAGGAAGGGAAAGACUAAGGUAGAAGGAAAUAAUUGUUGGUAUAUGUUUCUAUCUAGAAAGAAACACCCCAGGUGGAAGAGGAUAUUUUAUGCCCUUUGCGAUUCAUUUUUUUCCUGUCCUUCAUUCUCUCUGUCUAAUUACUCACCAAAUCUUAAGUUUCUUUUGAUAGCUUCCCAUUGCAGUUGCAUUUCACUUGGUCUUCAUCAUCUCCCCCUGGGCUCCUAGCAACCAUCUAUUUUCAGGCACAAACCACUAAUGUUCGGCUUCCUCAUGAGUUUCGAGGAGAUUGAGUCUAGCAUGGCUCUUGUGUCAUUUUUUUCUGACAUUUUCCCCUAAUAUUUAACCACAUAUUCAAUAUGUGCUAGAGUUAACUGAACUACUCAUUGUCCCUAUAAUAAGCCACAUUAUCCCACUCCUUUAUUCUUUUUAACAGGUUUGUCUCUCUUUGCUUCUGGAAAACAUCUACUUUCAAUCCUCUGUUAAUGACUCAAAACUACCUGGCUCUAUCUAUCUGAAAUUACUCGUUUGGGUUCAUUAAAGCAAAUUAGCCACAAGGUGGCGGCACAAUUCCAGGAAAUUAGCCACUCAUAAGUGACACAUGCAUUCAAUUCAAAUUCUAACUUAGCAUUGAUCUUAGAUUUGGAAUUAUUGAGCAAGAAGGAAAAAACUCCAGUCCAUUUGUGGUUUUUAUAGGAUUUUUCAGAAAUUGCUUUAUAAAUCCCUAAGUGUUCUUGGGAGUUCUCUUUUUCUCUUUUAUUUCAGCCAGAAUUACACUGAGUUGUUUUAUAGCCAGGGCUUCCAGUCUCUCUAGUCAUGUUAUUUGACAAAUGGAAAACUGAAGCCCAGAGAGAUGAUUGGACUAAGGUAUGUUGGUGGUGGAGAAGCUGCCCUAGAGCUGAGUUGCCUUAUUUCUGGUUUCCGAGGGCUGCAUGUUUCUCUUUGCUGUGAGAGGCUUACCCCAGUCACUGUGGAAGAGAUUUGGUAAGAAUUUGAAGCAAAGAGUGCUCUUGUCAUCUUGUUACUUUACAGCUACCCCAUUAGCAAGAAACUAAUGUACAACAUAGCGUAGUGUAUUUUAAUGUGUGUUUGCUCUAUAGUCUUCUAAAAUAAACUCUCGAAAGUUAAUCUGUGUUUUCAUUAAGUUUCUGUGUACAUCUUCCAUAUUACUUAGCAUGAAUCUCUGUGUGUGGAACUUAGAGGCAAGGAGAAAAAGGCUUGUCAGUCAAGUACUGGGCACAGGGAGCUCAAAGUUAAGUAAGCCUUGGUUCUUUCCCUUGGACGAAGUCUGGUAGGAGUCUGGUGGGAGGAUGAAGAUAUAAGUGGAUAGUCUACAAUACAAUGUGAUAAGUACAGAGAGCUAUGGGAACAUGAAGAAGCCAUGAACUUGAGUCAGAAACUGCUGGUUUAAGUUAGAGCCGUUUUGUCUUUUGCUUCAUUUUAAGUCUUCCAAAAGUACACAUUCCUAUUGUUGACAGCUAAAGUUGUCUGCCAGAAACCAAAUGUCGUGAGGUAAGUUAGAACUAUAUAUACUAUCUCCUCUGAAUUGAGGAGAAAGGAAUUUUUAAAGUGGGUAAGAUAUUUUAAUUUUCAUUUUAUCUGUGAAUAAAGCCACCCAGCUCCUCAGUUCUUCUAUUUAUUUGUCCUAUACUUCAGAUUACUUUUUAUGAAGACAAAAAUUUUCAAGGCCGUCGCUAUGACUGUGAUUGCGACUGUGCAGAUUUCCACUCAUACCUAAGUCGCUGCAACUCAAUCAGAGUGGAAGGAGGCACCUGGGCUGUGUACGAAAGGCCCAACUUUGCUGGGCACAUGUACAUCUUACCUCAGGGUGAGUACCCUGAAUACCAGCGUUGGAUGGGCCUCAAUGACCGCCUGAGCUCCUGCAGGGCUGUUCAUCUGUCUAGCGGAGGCCAGUAUAAGAUUCAGAUCUUUGAGAAAGGGGAUUUUAAUGGUCAGAUGUAUGAAACCACUGAAGACUGCCCUUCCAUCAUGGAGCAGUUCCACAUGCGAGAGAUCCACUCCUGUAAGGUGCUGGAAGGUGUCUGGGUUUUCUAUGAGCUACCCAACUACCGUGGCAGACAGUACCUCCUGGACAAGAAGGAGUACCGGAAGCCCAUUGACUGGGGUGCAGCUUCUCCAGCUGUCCAGUCAUUCCGCCGCAUUAUGGAGUAAUGACAUGGAUGGGGCCAUAGGUUUCUUCCUGAGGGCCAAAUACUGGCUGGCCUCAUGGUCCUAAUAGGCAUCAUAAAUAAAAGCAAUUGGCAUGCAUCCCACUGCUGACUAUAAUGCCUCUUAAAUGCUUUUAGGGACUAGCAUGGUAGUGCCCACCACAGUGGUCAGUUAACCAAAGCAACUCAUCCAUCAGAUCACCAAUCUAGAUCUUCA